GCGCUCGACGCCGCCGCCGGCCGUCGUCUGCCGCGCCUUCGUCGACAGCGCUUCGACAGCGCCUCUCGACUCCGGGCGCUCUACAUAGCUUGCCCGUCGCACUGCCCCGAACCCGAGCCAGCCCCGCACCGCCAACUUCGUCAUGAUUCGCCUGAAAAAAAAGUCAACACCGGCUCCGGAGCCCACCGCCGCCAAGGCGGAUGAGGCGAUGCCCGACGCGGCGCCCGCGGAGGGCGAGAAAGAGAAGGUCAGCAUCCUCGGAAUCGGGGGCAAGAAGAUGUCGAAGGGCACCGGGUCGAAGAAGCGCAAGACGCCCGGCGAGAUCCGCAUCCAGAAAGACAUCGCGGAGCUCGACGGCGGCGACGUGGCCGUCAUCAACUUUCCUAACGCGAACGACCUGACCAAGUUCCACGUUGUCGUUACGCCGGACACGGGCUUCUGGAAGGGCGCGACCUACCACUUCACGUUCUCCAUCCCGGCCAUGUACCCCCACGAGCCGCCCAAGGUCCACUGCGACACGAAGAUCUUCCACCCGAACAUCAACCUCGAGGGCAACGUCUGCCUGAACAUCCUGCGCCAGGACUGGAAGCCCGUGCUCGACAUCAACGCCGUCAUCUACGGCCUCAUCUACCUCUUCUACGAGCCGAACCCGGACGACCCGCUCAACAAGGAGGCCGCGGCGCUCUACCGCGACGACAUCAAGAUGUUCGAGCGCCACGUCGCCCGUACGCUGCCGCGAUGAGCGGCGCGCGGUCCUUCGGCCGGCGGCUCGCGAGGGGACGGACGCCGCCCCGAGCCCUCGGCCUCACAACGCGCUCGCGCCGGGAGCGUAAAC